AUUUUUCCGUAGUUUCCGCCUUUCAUCCGGUACACGCGGUCGGGGUACGCCGUGACAAACGUCGCAUAAUUAAAAGAAAAUAUAUCCUAAGUUUUCUACAGAAAUUUUUCGAAUCCUAUGAUAGCGUGUAUGGUUUGAAAUCGACUAUAUUCUGUGAAAAAAUGGCAAGAUAUGGACAAAGGCCUGAGAAUGCUCUGAAAAGAGCAAAUGAAUUCAUUGAAGUAGGCAAACCAGCCCGAGCAUUAGAUACUUUGCAAGAAGUCUUCCGCAAUAAAAAAUGGACAUACAAUUGGUCAGAAUCGGUAUUGGAACCGAUAAUGUUCAAAUACUUGGACUUAUGUGUGGAACUGAAGAAAUCGCACAUAGCAAAGGAGGGCCUAUUUCAAUAUCGAAAUAUGUUCCAAUCGGUAAAUGUUGGAAGUUUAGAAAAUGUCAUACGUGGAUAUUUACGUAUGGCAGAAGAAAAAACGAAUCAAGCGCGGAAACAGAGUCAACAGGCUGUUAUAGAUAUAGAUGAUCUUGAUAACUUAGCAACGCCUGAAAGCAUACUAUUGUCGGCGGUCAGUGGCGAAGAUGCGCAAGACAGAAGCGAUCGCACUAUUCUGACGCCAUGGGUAAAAUUUCUAUGGGAAUCUUAUUGCCAGUGCUUAGAAUUAUUAAGAACCAAUGCUCAUGUUGAAACGUUAUAUCAUGAUAUCGCACGUAUGGCCUUCCAGUUUUGUCUUGAAUAUAAUCGUAAGACUGAAUUUCGUAAAUUGUGCGAAAAACUACGAAAACACUUAGAGGAGAUUUGUAAACUACCGGCGCUAGUUUCAAACGUUUCCAUGAACAGGGCGGAGACGCAACAGCUGAAUUUGGAAACGCGACUGAAUCAACUUGAUUCUGCAAUACAAAUGGAGCUGUGGCAAGAAGCAUUCAAAUCCUCCGAAGAUGUACAUGGUAUGAUGAAUUUAUCUAAAAAACUUCCAGUACCAAAAACCAUGGCCAACUAUUACCAGAAAUUAGCCAUGGUUUUCUGGAAGGCAGGUAACUAUUUAUUCCAUGCUGCCGCAUUGUUUAAAUUGCUACAACUCUCCCGCGAAAUGAAAAAGAAUAUGUCUUUAGAGGAACAACAGAGAAUGGCCAAUCGUGUGUUGUUGGCCACCCUAUCUAUCCCACUGCCAUCAGCGCACCCUGAAUUUGAUCGUUUUAUAGAAACAGACAAGAGUCCAUUAGAAAAAGCUCAGAAACUUGCUACACUUCUAGGACUCACUCAGCCACCAACGAGAGUUUCCUUGCUUAAAGACAUCGUUCGUUUGAACAUCGUUAAUUUAGCAUCACCACAAUUGCAAGAAUUGUAUUCAUGGCUCGAGGUCGAGUUUCAUCCUCUGGAGCUAUGUAGCCGAGUAGAUUCUGUCAUUCAAACGCUACAAGCAGACGAAAAUAGUCCAUUGAUUCAGUAUGUCCCAGCUUUACAAGAUGUAACACUUGUACGUCUGGUUCAUCAAAUAUCCCAGGUUUAUCAAACGAUACAAUUCGCUAGGCUUUUAGAACUCGCCAAAUUUACGACAGACUUUCACCUAGAACGUUUACUGGUGGACUGUGUAAGAUACAACGACAUGCAGAUAAGGAUUAGUCACGGAAAGAAGUGUGUGCACUUUGGAGUUGAUUUAUCGGAAGCUCAGAGAGAAGAUCAUCCCGAUGGUCCCGUGUUACAAGCAAUGCCGUCUGAACAGAUUCGCUGUCAACUUGUAAAUAUGGCCACCGUGCUGCAUCGAGCAAUCAAUAUUAUUAAUCCGAAUAAGAAGAAGAUGGAGCGAGAGAAAUUGCGCUCCGCUAUGGUAAGCCAUUAUCAUGAAACCAAAAUGAAAGAACAUCAGAGAAUCCUAGGAAGACACAAGAUCAUAGAAGAAAGGAAAGAAUAUAUUGAACAUAUUAAUACAGUCCGCGAGGAAGAGGAAAUGCGAAGACAGGAAGAGCUGCAGAGGCAGCAAAUGUUAGCAGAGCAGAAGAGACUCGAACAAGAGAGAGAAGAACGUGAGAGGAAGCGACAACAGAGUGAGAUCCAACAGAUCAAGGAUAGACAUCUGAAGGAGAAGAUGCAACAGAUAUCUCAAACUAGUCAUGGUCAAAAGGUACUGAAGAAAUUGGAUGAGGAUGAAAUCAAGAAGCUAGAUGCAGAACAAAUUGCAGCUCGAGAAGCAGAGGAAUUACAGAAAGAACGUAGGGAGAUGCAGCAGAAAUUGAAGUCACAGGAGAAGAAAAUAGAUUACCUGGAACGUGCUAAACGUUUAGAAGAAAUACCACUACUAGAGAAAGCAGUUGAAGAAAAAAUGGAAUUAGCUAAGCAACGCUGGGAACAACAGGAAGCUGAACGAAUUGCUGCAGCCAUUGAGGAGAGACAGCAGGCUGUUGCUACUCGUGAACGUAUGGCAAGGAUGAAGGAAGAUCAUGAUAUUUUCUUAGCGAAAAUUUUGGCAGAGCGUAAGAGUAUUUAUUUAGAGAAAUUGAAAGAAUUUGAGAGAGUAUUGAAUGAGGAAAGAGUUAGUAGAUUGCUGAAACGUAAGAUGGAGCGUAAGGCUGAAAGAAAAGCGAAAUGGGAGAAGGAACGAGCUGAAGCUAUUGAGAGAAGACGUCUGGAGGAAUUGCGUAUUAAACAGGAGGAAGAGAAGCGACGUUUGGAGGAGGAAAGAGCUAAGAGAGAGGAGGAAGAGAGAUUGAGACGCGCAGAGGAAGAAGCGAGGGAAGCUGAACGUCUAGCUAAGAUUGAAAAACAGGCAGAGAUUACUAGGGCUAGAGAAGCUGAAAUAGAACGAAAGUUAGAAGAGGAGAGACAAAGGGACAAGGAAAUAACCAGAUGGAGAGGAAGUGGAGAACGUCAUCGUGUAUCAGAAAGGCCAGUCGAAAUGUCAUGGCGUCGUCCUGUUGAUGCAAAAGAUGACGGUGUGAAGGAAGAAUCCACUCGCUGGAAAAGACGGGACGCGAGAGAGGGACAAGAUAAUAAAUGGCGAAGGGAUGACGAUAAACCGAAGAAAGAUACCAUCGAGAGAUGGAGAAAAGACGAUUACGAUAAGGAUGAUACAAGGGAUCGGAUAGAUAAAGAUCGUGGAAUGGAUGGACGUCCAAUGCGUGACAUUCCACGUGAUCCGUUAUCUGAUGGACCUCGUAAUCGUGGCAGAAUGCCUGAUCGUCGUGGAGGUGGAGGUGGCGGCGGCGGCGGUGGCGGUGGCGGUGGUGGAACACGUAAUCAAAAUUGGCGCGACAAAAGCGAUACAAUACAAAAUUCGCCUCGAGACUUUCCGAGACGUGAUGAAAAGCGAGAUGAUACUAAAGAUGAUAGACUUCCACCAAAACACGAUGAGAGAAGACGACCGCCUGAAGACGAUGGAUGGUCACAGGUGAGCCGACGUUAGUAGAUGGCAGAGGUUAAAAGUCUCAAAACAUUAACGAAAUUCUCUUGUAUCCUAACUGUUACAUCAAUUUUUUUUAUAAAACCGGUAUACAUGGCGUGAUACCUUUUCCUUGGAAAAAGACGAAAGAAAUAACAAAUCGUGUGAUUUUAAUCCUUUGCGAGGUAUUUGCGCGUACAGUUGAGAAAAUAUACACGUUGAACGUUUGCGUUAAUCAUUGUUGAGGAUUGUAUUAUUUUCAUCAAUAUUUAGUUCAUCAUCAGUAUCACUAUUACUAGAAAUAUUGAAACGACGAAAAUAAUGUUCGUCAUCACUACUAUCACUAUCGAAAAUGUUCUUUCUGAAACUUUUAGGUAUCGUGUAUAAGGUAUUAUAAUUAAUAUAUAAAAAGCUUUCUGAUUCAUCUGGUAAUGCCAUUGAAAGAUUGAAAUGCGUUCUGACUCGACUAUCAUUCUGCAUCGCGAGUUUACGUUAAACGGAAGACAAGAUUUCUAAAGAUUUAUAAUUUUCUUUCAUCAAAAACAUAAUACAUAAAUAUGUAUAAGAUUAUCGCUCAGAAAAAUAGACGUCCACUUCAAAAUAACUGUCCGGAACUGUAAACAGAUUUGGGCGGCUAUUUGCUGACACUCAUCCGCAAAGGGUUAAAAGAUCUACGUAAAGUAAUCUUCGGCGCUCAUCCGAAGCAAUGAUAUUUAGCAUUAUACAAUGCAACAAACUUGAGACAAAACAUGAGGUCAGACCUCUCUAUUGUGGUAUAAAUGAAGAUCUACGCAUCUUAUCUGUAUUGUCUUUUUAAUUGUUUUAUUACAUUUAUGAUAUAGUUAAUAAUUAAGAUACUACGUAAUAAAUAAAUCACUACAGAGUAUCAAA